CACAGCUGUUUUUGAAUAGCAAAAGAACUCUUUCUCCUCACAGAUCAUUCUUACAUAUAUAGUUCUAUGAAAUUUUCUUCUCUUCUCAUCUCUCUUUAUCUGAUGAAGGACAAAAAGAAGGAAAUAAAUAUCAUCCCUAUUCUCUUAUCGUGUUGCCAUUGCGUCCAGUAAAUAGCGUGGACCCUUUCAGAAAAUUGAGGGAUCUAUAAUAGUUUAAACUAUCCUAUCGACCGUAUAAGAAGGAUUAAGUUAUGUCUUCACAGCGCCGUGAAGACGAUGAUCAUCAGACUAAUAUCGCAAGCGACACACCAGGUAAACCUUACAAUUUGGAAAAUGUUGAGGGGCAGGCUCGAUGUCCCGCAUCCCAAAUUGGAGAACUGUUUACAAAGAAGAAAUGGGAAUGCAAAGAUCAUUCAGCAUCAUUGUGGAACAAGAUGAUUGUAAUUUCAUGUGUUAUUGCAAUUUCCCUAGAUCCCUUGUUCUUAUACAUUCCAUUCAUCGAUGAGGAUAACAAAUGCCUUGGAAUGGACAAAAAGUUGAGGAAUGUGGCUCUGAUUUUGCGAUCUCUCACGGAUAUCACUUUCUUGGUGGAUAUUGGAUAUCAAAUCAUUCCAGGUAUUAAUAAAGCCUACGAGGUUAUCAACCAAGGGAAGGAGCAAUGGGAAUUGGAUUGGCAAGCAACGUUAAUAAGAAGAGAGGAGAUCAUUCCAUUUGCUGUGAUAUUAGCUCGGGAGUUGAAUUGGUGUUCUUUGGUGACUGACCUUCUCUCUGUUUUUCCCAUGCCACAACUUCUAGUAGGGUACCUUUUUUUCGAAAUGAGAGAGCCGGGAUAUUUAGAACGGAGAAAGGUUGUCAAUUUUCUUCUUCUGAGCCAGUAUUUGCCAAGGAUUUAUCGAAUUAUCUUAUCAUCUAAGGAACUUACAAGGACUGCCGGAAUAAGGGUUAAAGCCAUAUUCAAUUUGUUUUUAUACAUUCUUGCUAGCCAUGUUAUUGGAGCUUUUUGGUACUUCUUUUCCGUUCAACGAGAGAUUUCAUGUUGGCAUUCGGCUUGUGGAAAACAAACGGAAUGCACAAGUACCUUUUAUUGUGAUGAUGAUCACAAUACCACUACCACAAUGAUCAAUUUGUUAAACACAUCUUGUGGUAUUUCGGACAGUAAUCCGCAGUUUAAUUAUGGAAUAUUUCUUGAUUCCAUUAAAAUUGGUAAAACGGAGCAUAUGCAAUUUCCAACCAAGUUAUGCUACUCUUUUUGGUGGGGUCUGAGAAAUUUAAGCAACUUUGGCACGAAUCUCACAACAAGUAGUUAUUUGUGGGAAAACUUGUUUGCAAUUCUAAUUUCUAUCACUGGCUUGCUAUUAUUUAUAUAUCUCAUUGGAAAUGUUCAGACAUUCAUUCAGAUGAGAACCACAAAAUCGGAAGAAAUAAGACAGAAGAUUGAUUUAAAAAAGGACGUGAUAGAAACGUGGAUGAAGAAAAAUGAUAUUCAUGAUGAUAUGAAGAAGGAAAUCAUGAAAAACAUAAAUAAAAAAUGGGAAGAGGAUAAAGAUGGUGUUCUGGAGAAUAUAUUCAAUGUUCUUCCCGAUUAUACGAAAAAAUCUCUAAAGUAUGAACUCUGCUUGAAAAUUCUAUCACAGGAACCACUUCUUAAACUUAUGGAUGACAAAGUGCUGAAAAUGAUGUGCGACUAUCUGAAGCUAGUGACUUACAAAGCGGAUCACAUCAUAUUUCAAAUGGAUCACCCAAUUAAUCGCAUGCUUCUCAUUAUAGAAGGCACUGUAUUAACCUACAAACAUACACGUGGUGACGAAACAACAAAAGAUUCUGGUGCUGCCCCAUCCCCAUCUCCAUCAAUGAUCACCAAGCUCCUUGGGAAAGGUGAUGUUUAUGGACAAGAGCUUCUGACGUGGUCGUCCAACCAAUCUGGGAUUCACAGUCAUCCUAUCUGCUCCGAAAAUGUGCAAUGUCAAACAAACGUAGAAGGCUUUGUUCUUUCAGCGGAGGACUUGGUAGAAGUCUCCAAAUGCCAACGCUGGAAGUUAAACGAUGACCCUUGAUUUCCCUCCCACCUUCUACUGCGGCUGGUCAUGGAGAGCAAGGGAGUGAAGAGAAGUCGUGUCUGCAUGAAUUAGCUAAAAUUGAUAUGGAAGAAUUUGUUGUUGCCAUUUUCCGCUACAAUUCUCAAUGUUGUUGUCGUUGCUUUGCUCUCACCGUUGACCUUGCCUUUUCUCUUGCCUUCCUUUGUCUUUGUCUUUGCUGUGUCUUAUCCAAUUUUUAGGGUAGGGUUUGCUUUGCUUU